AUGCCUCUCUUACAACAGAAUCCUCCUAUUCAACCACCACCUUACAGCCGUGCUUCACAGAAAUUAAAGAGUUUACUAAGUUCAUAUGGUGAUAAUAGUAACGCUACAACAGCUACGAAAGAAAUGAACGGACCUGUCCCCAUUAAUCUCAUGGAGAAAUCUCUAGUUCAUCCACCAAGAACCAUAUACACUAAAGCAAACUUCUCUAUUCCAGGUCACUAUGAGGUACUACAAAUGUUAGGAAAAGGUUCAUAUGGUACAGUUGUGUCGGCGGUCGAUAAUUUCAAUCCCAAUUAUCCCAUUCGGAUUGCAAUCAAAAAGAUCACCAACAUAUUUCAACGCGAGGUUUUGUUGAAAAGAGCCAUUAGAGAGUUAAAGUUCAUGCAUUACUUUAAGGGACAUAAAAACAUUGUGUCUCUUAUAAACCUUGAAAUUGUCAAUGAAAAACCUUAUGAUGGGUUGUACUGUUAUCAAGAGUUAAUUGAUUACGAUUUAGCUCGUGUCAUCCAUUCUAAUGUACAGUUUUCAGAAUUUCAUAUUAAGCAUUUUACUUACCAAAUUUUAUGUGGUGUCAAGUACAUACAUAGCGCAGACGUGAUCCACCGUGAUUUAAAGCCUGGAAAUAUAUUGUGUAGUAUUUCAGGUCAGUUGAAGAUAUGUGAUUUUGGUUUGGCAAGAGGUAUCUCACCUUUAUUCACAAACACAAAGACAUCAAACCAUAUUACAAACUAUGUCGCAACUCGUUGGUAUAGAGCACCAGAAUUAAUCCUAUCGCAUAAAAGGUACAAUAAAUCCAUCGAUAUGUGGGCCAUUGGAUGUAUACUUGCUGAAUUUUAUGGCAGGAAACCCAUAUUUAUGGGUCAAGAUUCCAUGCAUCAAAUCUCUGAGAUCGUCAAAGUCUUAGGAACCCCUUCAAGGGACACUAUUAUUAAAUACGGAUCUUCUAGAGCAUACGAUAUAUUUUGUCCCCCCAAGCCUCAAUAUGUGAAAAUCCCUUGGGUAGAAAUUUAUCCUUUUGCUAGCGCUGACGCCUUAGAUUUAGUCGAACAUUUACUUGACUGGGACCCUGACAAAAGGUUAAUCGUAGAGGAGGCAAUUGAACAUGAAUUUGUAAGUUCAGUUCGCGAUAAAUCUGAUGAACCAAUGUGUCCUCAUGGUCCCUUCAAUUUCUCAUACGAGGCUGAAUUUAAAUCCAUGUCAAAUCUAAGAGAAGUAUUAUAUGCCGAGGUUAAACAAUUUCAAGAGGAAUGUGCGGCCAAAGAUAUCGUGCCAUCUUUACCUAUCCCUCAGCAAAUUUAUCCAAUAUAA